GUAGAGCACAUCUCUAUAUAAAGUGAGAAGCUGCCAUGAACAAGCUAGGUUCAUCAUCCUCCCUCCCUCUCUCUCCUCCCCUCUGAUCGAACCUCUUCGUCACCGAAUAAUUAUACUCGUCAAACAUCCAUUGCCAUGGCGCUAAGUUCUAAAGAAGAUGUGCUAACUAAAGCGCAGAUCAAAGAGUUCCGGGAAGUGUUCUAUCUUCUCGACAAGGAUGGAGAUGGGUGCAUUACGGUCGAAGAACUCGCAACAGCUCUCAGAUCACUGGAGCAGAAUCCAACAGAGGAGGAGCUCCGGAACAUGAUCGGCGAGGUCGAUGUUGAUGGGAACGGAACCAUAGAGUUUGGGGAGUUCGUGGAUCUCAUGGCAAGAAAAAUGAAGGAGUGUGAAGCAGAAGAGGAACUGAAAGAGGCCUUCAAGGUCUUCGAUAAGGAUCAAGACGGCUAUAUUUCACCCCAUGAGUUGAGGAGGGUGAUGCUCAACCUGGGAGAGAAGCUGACAUAUGAAGAGGCCGAGCAGAUGGUCAGGGAGGCGGAUUUGGACGGUGAUGGGCAGAUUGAUUAUGAAGAGUUCGUCCGAAUGAUGAUAUCUUUCAAAUAAUAAACUUCUGUAUGCGUAAUUCUUCUUCUUCUUCUUCUUUUUUUUUGGGAUAAGUUGUAUGCGUAGUUCAAUAUGCGCUAUGGAUAAUAUUCACGAAGACUGGUCUGAUAAAAAACACCGAAGAUUAGUCUGAUGCUACAUGAAGUAGGCAAGAAAGAUGAUACGGAAGCAAAAGGUUGAGUUAAUGACAAUAAUUUUUACAUGUUUGAUUUGAUGA